AGAGUCCAAAGAGGACUCCAAGGAAAAUGGCUCACAAACCUAGCAGAUCUAUAUGUGGUGGCAGGACGCCUAGCAAGUCUCCUCGUACACCAUGCAGGAAGUCUCCUAGUACACCAUGCAGGAAGUCUCCUAGAACACCAUGCAGGACGUCUCCUCAUACUCCAUGCAGGAAGUCUCCUCGUACUCCAUGCAGGAAUUCAACUCAUAGACCUUCCAGGAACACGCCUCGGGCACUUGCCAUGAAAUCACCUCCUACGCCUUCCCAGACGUCACCGCAAGAACUUUCCAAGUCACCUCGUACACCAUCCAGGAGAUUUUUGUCCACACCCUCCAGGAUCUCACCUCUUGCACCUUCAAGGGAGGUUUCUCCUGCAUUACCCAGGAUGUCAGGUGCUGGCCACACAGAGUGUCACGUGACAUCAUUAGGAGAUACGGGGAGGAAACUGCGAGGAAGUCCUUUCAGAUCUCCUGCCAGUGUCCGACUCACGUUGGCUACAUCUCAGAAAGACAGUCCGGUGCAGUCACCAGUGAAAAAUCUAUUGCAGCCUUCAGUGAGGGCAGGAUCAAAUGUCCCACAUGGAAACUCAGAAAGUUACUCCAGAACCCCACGAAAAUGCGUUACUUGGUCACCAUCUCCAGGGGAAAUGCGAUUGGAACGAAGAGAUGCAGCAUUUAAACUUCCAGAUUCCCCUUGCUUGUCUAGGCGUGGUUCUCCUAUGCUAUUAAAAACCCCCCAAAAAUUUAGCAGUCCACACAAAGGUCUGAAUAAGAGUGGUUUGUAUAAAACCCCUGAUAAAACCAUUAAUUCUCCUGGUAUUCUUCCAUCAAGAACUCCUGAAAACCCCAGGUUGAGCAGUACAGAAACAAGAACAAAAAUGCCUCGGAGGUCUUCAGAGAGGCAAAUGAGAAAGCUUAGCACCACAGGAAAAGGAGACCUUAUCUUUUUAACUUCAGAAGGGAACUUCAACUCCCCUGACCUACAGAUGGGGGAAGCUUCAUCAUCUCCUGAUCACUACUCUCCUCCAACACCCUCCUCAGGAACUCCACUGAAAAGUCCAGGACCCACUAAUCAGAUUCUCACAAGAUCCAAAGGAACCCCAGCUAAAGAUGUUUUUCCUGGAGUUCAUGUCUUGACUCCUGAGAAGACCAAGACCACACCCAGGAAAAGGGCUUUUAAAUUGCUAGAAACUGAAAUUUUAGUAAAAACAUCUGACAGAACCCAUUGUGAGAAGGCCAUUGUCACCUCAGGCUCCUUUUCCUCUGAAUGUAAGGCUGUAAAUGAGAGAGGUCGGAUCACACGGGGUACGAUUAAACGACAUGCAAGUUCGCAAUCUCUACCCGGCAACAGUGAUCCAAUAAAUACUGUCAAUCAAAUACAAGCCAUUGAGUUAGCUGAGGUGGCGAGGGACAUUGUUGCUGGUUGUACACGACAGUCAAUCUCUUCGCAACUUUCUCAGGGAGAAUUGGAAGCAGAUUUUCAGUCAAGUUCUCAGCAGCUUGAUUCCUCCCAAUUCAGCAUAGUCACCACAGAUGAUGACAGCAUUGACAUUUGCAAUGCCUCCGUAGUGAAAACCCAGCUGUCUGGAGGUAUAAAGAUGAAUGUCACCUUUUCAAGGAAACCUUCCAAAUCGUCCGUGGUCAAAGAUGAAGCCACUCCGCCUCUACCCUCCUCGUCAACUCUUAGACAGAGCUAUGGUUUGCGUCGGACACCAGAUCGUCAGCAGAGAGCUGCUGCAGCACGUCUUGGGAGACCAGAGGGUGGUCCAAAGUUCUCUACUCCUUGUGCCUCAGAAAAACUCCGCAGGCAACAGAAGCCAAGUACCCCUGAUGCCCUUACUUAUCAGGUAGAGCUGGAGAUGCAGGCUUCUGGCCUGCCCAAGCUUAGGUUCAAACGAACAGACUCCUUUAGUGCUCAGGAAGAUGCAGCUGAGAGCAGCACAAGGUUAGGGACCUAUGGACCUGUGUCUGUAAAACCCCCAAGAGUUGAUAGUCCACUUUCACACUGUGGCAAGCACAGGGAUGCAGGUUAUGCCUCUCCAUCAUUCUGUACCCAUGCAACACCUGCCAAAAGCACCCCAGGGAAAGGUGGUGUCCAGACUUAUAUAUGCCAGUCCUACACACCCACAGGGAACACAGCCAGUACACCAUCGCCGUCAGGGGCAGGAGAACUUGCCUCUUGGACACCUUCGCCUCAGAGCAGGGGGCGAUACACCCCUGAAAACCUCGAUAACUGGCCUCGCAGGAAGAGAGCAAGGAAUGAGGUGGUGGGGGUGAAGGAAAAGUAUGUCAGUGGUGACCGUACAGUAGAGGAAUUGGACGACCUGAAGGAGGAUGCAGAACUGGAGGGUAUUUACAGACUCGAUGAGUACAAGGAAUCGGGUGGUGACCUGUUAUCCACGGAGGUGGCAGGUCUCAGGUCCAGGAAGCAAGGAGAUAAGGAAGCUUUCAUUGCCAAUAUGGCUGAUAAAAGCCAGCAUGAUAGACUGGAGGAUGUGGGGAUAACAGAAACGCUCUCCGGCCAGUUUGCUGGCCUCCAGUCGCAGACAUUUGAUGAUAAGCUGCCAUGCUUUCCAGGAGAGGGCUCUGUCCUUUCAGGGACUCCCCCCAACACAAAGGUGAGGAAACCAGUGUCUGCAAGCGGCAUACUGGCUCUGACUCAGUCCCCCAUGUUAUACAAAGGAAAGAAACAAAGAGAUGAAUCAGAAUCUGGGAGCCACCUUCAUAAGGUGGCCAAUGUUGAACCAGAGUUGUCCCCAUUCAGUCGACCUCCCAGACGCCGGGCUUCCAGCAAGACCUACAGCAGGAAGAGACUAUUGGAUUGACAUGUUUAUGUUUAUAAUGUAAAGUUCUGGUUCUUUAUUUUACCUGCUUCAUUUACCAGAAACAUUGUACAUAAUGGCAGGUGUAUUGUUUUGAGGACUAUGAACCAGUCUGUCCAUUAAUUACUGCAUGUGAUACCUUUAGGUAUUUUGCUUUUUCAUUUGUAAGACAAGUCUGUUGUAUUUGAAUUGGCAAUCAGCAGGGACUUAAAAGUUUUACAGUAAUUAUCACAGGGCCAAAAAAGUGUGUGCCUGUAUCAAAAUGUCACAUUUCUGUUGUGAUCAAGUGCUGCUUAGGUGUUUGGUUAUGUCUCAACAGAUGAAUCCUUUAAUCUUAUUAAUCUGAAAGAUUAUGAAAUUUAAUUACAUAAUCAAUUUAAAAACUGCCUGAUAGUGCAUCCUGUCUAGAUGCAUGCAUGCAUAUUUCUGGCUUCCUGCUUUGAAAUAUAGACGCUUUGCUCAGACAAUGAAAAUCUAACCUUGAACAACUGGGUAACAAUUGAAGAAAAUUUUUAUUUGCUCAAAAUGUUCUUAAACCUUGAUGGAGAUUAAGCUAAAUAAGAUGGUUUUUUUUUUUUUAGUUGUUUGUGUGGAAAUACACUGUUUUUAUUGUUUUUGUUCAAAAAGGAGGUGGUGUUUACUUGUACAGUAUCAAAUACAUUUGCAAAUAAUUGCUGCAAAUAAUUUCAAAAAUAAAUAUAUAUACAUUUUUA